GAGGAAUACUUGGCAUCGCCGCAGGAGCACUACUCCAAAUUCACCAGAGGAAUGGGUCUGAUUGCUCUAACGCUGUGGCCGCUGUCUUGCUGUGGGUUGCAUUCUCCAUUAUUGCUGUCAUUGUGGUCUUGCUCUUACCAUUUCUUGCUUGGUGCUAUGGUCCACGCCGCUCCUUCACCUCGAUCAAGUUAUGGCUUUUUUCUUGUUGUUCAAGCCGGGAAGAACAAAGCAAGAAUCGCAAGGGAGUGGAACUACUUAUUGGUUGGUUAUGGUUCAUAAGUUUACCCCUUGCAUUUAUUUUGCUUCUGGUGGCAUCUCUGUGGAACCAUAGAGGUUCAAAAUUGUGUAAACAGCCGCAGAAUAUAUUUUUAUGACUCCGAUCCCAAACAUGGGUCAUGGACUAAGAGCAACUGUCUCAACAACUAAUCUUCAUCUUCGUUAGAAAUAAGGCUUCAUUUUCCAU